AUGCCGAUCGCCCAGCUUCCCCAAUACGGCAGAGUGCGCAAAAUGUUCCAGUCCUUCUGGGACGUCGCCCGUAAAACAGCCACCACAGCCGCUUCGUGGUCAUCAACAUCAGCAGCCCCAGACUAUUUCUUGUCCGUGCCGAACGAGAUCCUGGAGCGUAUCCUCAGCGUUGCUGCCAACGAUGCAGCGGACAUCAAUGGUGUCUCGACACUCCUUGGCCCGAACGACUUCCAGGCUCUCCGAGUAAACCACCGUUUCUUCGAAGUAGGCGUCCGCUAUCUCCUCACCAAUAGAAUAUUUGCCUUCCACUCCUCCCAAGCGGACCGAACCUACUACGCCGAUACCGCCAACAUCGAGUGGCAACCACUCGCCACCACCAGGCUCAUAGCUCCGCCUAUCAUCUACCCGAUCACGCUGCCGUACUUCUCGUCAUUCGAACAACGGCCCGGUAGUGUGCUCUCCCUACAGUCCCUGAGCCAAUCGACGUUCCAUCUUAUGCCGGACCCGCUGGCUCUAGUCACCAGGCUCAGCAUCUCCUUCGAGCUGGCGCCCCUUCUGAUGUUGAAACGGCGUACGAACCUUGCGGCGGCAGCUACACUCGUCUUUACUCGUCGCCGCGUCUCACAUCCUUUUGUCUCUCACCAAGCCGACAAGAGGGAAGUUGGCCGGUGGUUGGAGGCUGAACUCACCGCCGAGAAAGCCAAAUACCACCUUGGUGUGUUAGCGGAGCUCCCUUUUCGAAACCUUCAGGUGCUAGAGCUUGGUUUCGCGGCUCCAGAUGGGACUAUCACCCGCUACCCUUCCAGGAUGUGGAACAUGGCAGUGGCCCGAUGGGUGGGGAGAUACCUGUAUAGUAUCAAUAUUGUCAGCAGGGCGAGGUUGGUGAACAUCAGGUACGACCCGGUGUAUGCGAACAUGAUGGCGCAUGCUGCUGCCAAUGGGACAAGGCCGUGGAUUGGGACGCUCUGA